UGCCAACCAACUGCAAUGCUUCCGAGUCGUAUUUUCAAGCCACAUCUUACUCGUCAGAAGGGUGGCCUUGGACGCAGAAUGAGGUGUCACCAGGAUGUGAAGUGGAUAUAAUAUAUCGUAGCAGGUCGUGCAUCGGGAUACUCUCACCCAACUAUAGCAAAUCAUAAUUCUGUAUACUCCUUGCAUCAUCCGGUGCCGGCAUCCAGCAAAAUACUAUAAUCAGUUUCGCGGUGCGUAUGGCCUGCUUUGAAAUACACAAUACUUCAAUCCAAUCCUAACCUCAUCCGUCUCUCCUCUAUUACCCCUCAUCCCAGACCUUACCGCAAUCAUGAGCGCCACGGAGCGCGCCGAACUCACAUCCCGGGUCAUCCCCACGAUGACCCUGAGCAAAGCCAGUUCACCCCUUACAGCGCCCCACCCCGCCAACACCUCCUGCUCCCCCGCCGCUCGGGCCCAAGCCCGCUUCCAAAUCUCGGGCAACGCCAUCGUGACGGGCGGCGCGGGUGACAUUGGCUUCGUCGUCUGCCGCGCCCUCCUCGAGCACGGGCUAGAUGGUCUCAUGAUCUUCGACCUCGACCCCUUGGCGGCAAAGACCAAGAUAGAUACCCUUCAAGCCGAGUUCCCGGUAGCCAAAAUAUAUUUCGCCAAGGUGAACGUCACGGACGCAGAAGAGGUCAAGACAUCCGUCGAGGCCGCCGCCGAGAAACUGGGGAGUGUGGACAUUCUGCUUACUUUCGCCGGCGUGGCUAGCUGCGCCCAUGCUGCUCAAGUCUCUGUGGCGGAGUGGCGGCGUGUGCUGGAUAUCAACACGACGGGGUCGUUCUUGUGUGCGCAGGCGGCGCGGAAUGCCAUGGCUGCUGGCGGAAAAGGGGGCAGUAUCGUCUUCUGUGCGUCUAUCUCCGGGCAUGCGGUGAACUUCCCCCAGCCGCAGGCAGCGUAUAAUGCUUCCAAGGCGGCUGUCAUCGCUAUGACCAAGUCGCUUGCUGCUGAAUGGGCGCGGGAUGGCGUGAGGGUGAACAGUAUCAGCCCCGGGUAUAUGGAUACCAUCCUGAACGAGGGAGAUGGACUGGAUGUGGCGAGGAAAAUUUGGAAUGAGAGACAUCCGAUGGGACGGAUGGGCGUGCCCGAGGAGGUUGUCGGCGCGGUGGUUUUGCUUGCGUCGAGGGCGGGGAGGUAUAUGACUGGGGCGGAUCUGUUGGUUGAUGGGGGGCAGACUUUGUUUUAGACAGGAAAACCGAGUAUCUGGCGUUCGUGUCG